UUCCUUCUUCAUAUUUAAAACCCAACACCUUCCUCCUCCUAUCCUCUCACAGAUGCUCCUUUUCUCACCAUGCCGUACACCGUCCGCCAUGGAAUCUUUUCUCUUUCCUUCUCACUCUUCUUCCUGCAUCUCCUCUCUCCGCCGCCUUGCGCCGCCCAGGACUUGAACCAAAACGACGACAGUUACUCUUAUGGCAGUGUAAACCCUUCCCUGGCCAUAGUCAUCAUCGUUCUCGUCGCGGCCUUCUUCUUUGUCGGCCUUUUCGUGAUUUACAUCCGGAAAUGUUCCGACGCCACCAGUCGCGGCGUCCUUCCAGUCAACGGCGGACCAGGGCGUUCGAUGCGUGGGCGCGGACUCGAAGCGUCGGUGAUCGAGACUUUCCCGAUCAUGGUUUACUCCGAGGUUAAGGAUCAUAAGAUCGGUACAGGAGCUUUAGAGUGUGCUGUUUGUUUGAAUGAAUUCGAAGACGACGAAACGCUGCGUUUGAUACCCAAAUGCGACCACGUUUUUCACCCUGAAUGCAUCGACGCUUGGUUGGCUUCUCACACUACUUGCCCCGUCUGUAGAGCUAAUCUCGUCCCUCGACCCGGUGAUCCCGUGAGUCAACUCACAGCGCAGAGUAACACCGUCGCCGAGACAGACCUCGAGGCUCAGAACGAACGCGGUAAUAUGGAACCGGAGGAGGAAAGGCCGAUAAAUAAUAACGAGGUUAAUAGUGAGUUAGAGGGUCAAGUUAACUCGGAAGCUGAAUUAAAUAAUUCGAACGCAACUCUAAAUCGAAACAGUACACGUGGCUCAAGAUCUGGCCGUCCACGUAAACUUUUCUUCUUACGAUCUCACUCUUUGGUCCAACCGGGAGAGAACACGGAGCGGUUCACUCUACGAUUACCGGCCGAUGUCCGAAAGCAAUUGAUGAACCGAAAGUUGAACCGGGCAACAAGCUUGGUGUUGCCAAGGGAAAGGAGUUCGCGUCGAGGGAAGCUGGACCGUGGAGCUAAGUCGGACCGGUGGGUGUUUAGUAACAAACCACCGUUUUUCGGUCGGGCAUCCUCCGUAAAAUCCCCGAAGGUGGCAGGCGAAGGUACCUCAACGUUUCCGAUCGGAGCCGUGCCCGACCCGAGCCGGCCACCGGUUUAAGGGUUUAAUAUUUAUUUUCAACUUGAAAGCCACGAGGUUUGUGUAGAUAUGUACAUUAUGCUUAAUUUAGUUUUAAACAAUUUUGGUUUAUUAUGUACACAAUGUACGACAAGUAGAGUAUUGGCAGACUAUGUCAAUAAGAGAAUUGAUGAUAUUUUUUUUC